GCAUAAUCAAAUAAUAAAUACUAUUUCCGUCCCAGAGUAUUUGUCUAUUUUCAUUUUUACACACCAUCCAAUGCACUUCUUUAAUCCAUUUUAUCUUGUAAUUUGUAUAUUAAAAAAUUAUAGAAAUUAUAUAUUAAUAAUCUAUAUGUUAAGACAAAUCAAACAAGAUCACACAUGACUAUAUUUAGGCUUACACAUUGAGAGAAUUUGAUGAGUCAAAAUCCAGUUUGCAAGCUUAAUCUCAACGAGACCACUGAGUUUGUGAGGUCAGCAUUUCCAGCAGCACAGAGGAGUUCAUUGACAAAGAAAAGUGUGGAGGCACCUUCAACCCCAGGGAGGCCCAUUUUCAGCUUCAGCAUUGGGAAUUUUUCAAGAAAAUCUGUGCCUUCAAAGUGGGAUGAUGCAGAGAAGUGGGUUGCUAAUGGCAGUUCUUGCCAUGAUUCCCCUUCUCACCCUCAUGGAUUCAAGUACUGUAAUGGGGUUAAACCCACAGAGGCUGCUGAAGAAGAUGAUGAUGAGAAGCAUUCCAUGGCUUCAGUUGGGAGAUCAUCAUCCAAACCAGACAAGUUUGCCAGAGAAUUAGGAAGUGUGGGUGAAAAGCUCAUGAAGUGUUGUGCAAUGCCGAAUGAGUUUAAGGUGGAUCCAGAACUGAGAGACAUCGGGACCUCAAUGACGCCUAUGGGCAGCUCUGCUCCUUCCAAAUGCCACAGCCCAAUGACGAUUGCAUCGCCAAACGGACACAACACUCCUGCGGACCGGUCCGGUCCCCUGCCUCCAUCCACUUCAACUUCUGCCAGCGCAACAGAUGUGAUAAUGCAACUAUUACAAGAGAGACAUUUUUCAAAGCUGCAGCUCGCGACAAUGCAGCACGAUUCUGUGAAAUCAAACUGGAGCACUCUGGAUGAGGAGGAAGAUGACGUUUCCAAGAGCUUGAGACACUUCGAGGCGAGUAACGAAUGCCAGGGGUUAACCAUAUCCAAGCCUAGAUCAUACCCUUGGGAGGGCGAGGUUUCCAAGUGCUGUCAAAGGUACCAGAGAGAAGAGGCUCAAAUCCGAGCAUGGGUGAACCUCCAAAGUGCCAAGGCAGAAGCUCAGUCUAAAAAGCUUGAGGUGAAAAUCCAAAAGAUGAUAUCGAAAAAGGAAGAGAAGUUGAUGAAGAGAUUGGCAAUGGUUCGGAGGAAGGCGGAAGAAUGGAGGAGUGCUGCCCAGGUUCAGCACAGGGAGCAGAUGCAUAAGUUGUUCUGUGACUUCUGUCCUGUGGUCAAUUGCAAUGAGUGUUAUUCCUUCAUUGUUUCUUUAAUUUCAAGAAUCUUUGGUUUGACCACAGAGGGAGAGUUGGAGAUGAAGUAGCUUUUAUUCUUCACAUUAUUAUUUGACUAAAGAGGGAAAUCUAACAGCCUUUUCUAGGACCACAUGCUUUACGUUUUUUUCCAAUUACUACAUUAAUCUUAGAGUAUAAUUGGAUUUGACUCUUUGAAAUAAACUAGACAAACUUUG